AUGAACCGAUCGCUGUGCAUCGGACGCAGUGUUUGUGCGAUGGAUUGGCACUCGGAGCAGUCGGGCAUUUUUGUGGCCUCGUACACGUUCGAGACGCUAUCGGAUCUCGCCACCAGUCUGCAGAAACCCUCGGAACGACCCUUUGGAGAUAAUCUCAAUAGAGCGACGUUCGAAGCUUGCACUGUGCUGCUGUGGAGCUUCGAGGACACGCUCGAACCGCUGCUCGAACUGAAGACGAUCCGCGAGGUGACGAGUCUCUCGUUUUGCCCGUACGAUGCCAAUCUGCUGGUAGGUGGGCUGUCAAACGGCCAGAUAGUGCUGUGGGCCGACUUGACCGACGAGAUCGAACGAGUAGAGCGAGCCAAAAGGGCCUCUAGUGGGUCGAGUGAAUAUCGGCGUCAAAUUCGCGCGAUCAUGGAGUACCCGAUCGAGGAGAAGAUCGAUCGGUUGGUGAAUCCGGCAGCCGUAAGUUCGCUGCAGCACUCUUCCAGGGGUGCGAUCACCAGCAUUAAGUGGCUUCCACGAAAUCACUACUGCACCACCACAGGACACGUGAAACCGCACGCGGACAAAGAGUUCCGUUUCAUGGUGACGGCCUCACUAGACGGGAGUGUGUGCAUUUGGGAUUUGGAUUUCGCAACGCCUGCCCUUCAGAAGCUGUUGGCGUCGGCGAAAGUCAACAAGGCACAGCAAGCCGAAAGGACGAUGUACCAGCGCGUGAAUAAUCUGUUCUUUCCGAACUUCAAGUUGCUUUGUGAGGUGCCUAUCAUGGCGCUGGUAAUCGAUGAAGCGAUCUAUCUUUCGACACCUCUGGACGAGUGUACGACUUUAACAAAGCGUGUUAAGCACCGGCUAGAGCCAGUCCCGAUGGCCUGUGAGAUGAGCAUUAUGUUGGGAUCGCUCACUGGGCAGAUCGUUGAGGCGUCCUGGGAAGGAUACGAUUUCGAGCAGUGCACAAUAGUGACGGAUGAGUCGGUGCAAGUAGCUCAUGUUCGCGGUUCUAUCCACGAUGGUCCGAUCCUGGCGAUGGAACGCAAUCCAAUCGUCCAGAGCGUGUUCCUAUCUAUCGGUGGUCACGUGCUGGCUAUUUCGAGUCAGGACGACAAGAGUUCGCCGGUGUUCUGGCGAAAGAAGAGCGCAAUGGUGACUGCGGCCCGAUGGAGUCUCGAUCGCGUGUCCGUUUUCUUUAUCGGGCUGAGCAACGGUGACUUCGAGAUCUGGGAUUUGAAUCUGAGAACAUUUCGUGCAAGCAUUUGCAUGAACCUUGGGGCGGAAGCGCUCACGUCCAUUUCCCAGCACCGGUUGGCGAGUGCGCGACACUGUUUGGCUGUUGCUGAUCAUAACGCGAACAUUCGCAUCUUCGCGAUCGCGCCCGGGUUUGUGAACCCCGUACCGAACGAGGAGGAAACGUUCCGUGGCAUGAUACAGCGAGAGCUUUCGCGCAAGGCUGAGCAGAUCGGUUGGUGUAAGGCUUAUUACAAGCGGAAUGCGGCCGCCAUCGAAGCCCAGCUUCAAGCGGAAGCCGAAGCCAGAGAGCUGAAACUGCAGGAGGACGCUGAACGGGUGAAAACUGACGCCACAGAAGGAAAAUCGGAAGCCUCGGUGAAGGCAAAGAAAGCGCAAGAACUCGACAAACGGUUGCCGUUGAGCGAACGGUUGGAGCAAAAGUACCAAGCUAAGCAUUUCCAAACGUUGCUGCGCCAGUUGAUGGCACGCCGAAACGUCAGCCCAGAGCGAAUGGCUCGGCAGAUGCGUCCGGUAGUGGAACGUCGCCGGUACAAUGCCGAAAAGCGCCAAGCCAUCGAUGCAAACCUCGCGCUUAUGGAGGGCGAUUUUACGGGCGUACAUAAGUUGUUGCGUCCCGCGGAAAAAUCCACGGAAAAUCGCAGUACGCCUGAUCCGAAUCGAUCAGAGCGCGUGGAAAACCUCCGGCAGCAUAUCGCCGACUACGGGCGCGUCGAAUCGGAAGCUCAGGAAGCGUUACGGACGCAUUAUCUGCCAACGAUGGAGUCAUUUACGGAGGUGCUGAUGAAGAGCAAAGAUCGUCGCGAUAGGGUUAGCAUCGUCGUCGGGACGAAUUUGCACCACUUGCUGGGUUACGAGAACAAGCGAAGCCUUCGUAGGCAAGGCGUAGCUCCAAGGACACUGCUGGAGGAUCUUGAACCGAUUGGUGAGGACGAGGAUGCCGCUAAGGAUCCUGAUCAGGCUGAAGAAGACGAUCAAGCUAAUGUAAAUCGCAAAAGCGUGAAUAAUUAG